AUGCAAUCCAAACGACCGCGUUUGAUUCGCAGCUUUGCGCUUGUGGUAUCUCUCGCGAUUGCCUGGUUGCCGCAUGCUGAUCACGCUGCUGGAGCUGGUGGAGGCGGCAUGUUUGGUGAUGUCAACAUCUCGGCGAUUCUUGACUCAUUGAGCGUAAGCUAUGAUAAGCGAGUGAGGCCCAAUUAUGGAGGACCGCCCGUGGAUGUUGGAGUCACCAUGUACGUGCUAUCCAUCAGCUCCUUAUCUGAAGUGAAAAUGGAUUUCACACUGGACUUCUACUUUAGACAAUUUUGGACUGAUCCAAGGCUUGCUUAUAAAAAACGACCUGGCGUUGAAACUCUCUCAGUUGGAUCCGAAUUUAUUCGAAAUAUAUGGGUGCCUGAUACCUUCUUCGUUAACGAGAAGCAGUCUUACUUCCAUAUCGCCACAACGAGCAACGAAUUUAUUCGGAUUCAUCAUUCUGGAUCUAUCACCCGAAGUAUUAGGUUAACUAUCACCGCUUCUUGUCCAAUGGAUUUACAAUAUUUUCCAAUGGAUCGCCAACUAUGCAACAUAGAAAUUGAAAGCUUUGGCUACACCAUGCGGGACAUCCGAUAUAAGUGGAACGAAGGACCUAACUCAGUGGGUGUUUCGAGCGAGGUAUCCCUACCGCAGUUCAAGGUGCUCGGCCAUCGACAACGUGCUAUGGAGAUCUCGUUAACAACAGGAAAUUAUUCUCGUCUGGCGUGUGAAAUUCAAUUCGUGAGAUCAAUGGGAUACUAUCUUAUACAGAUUUAUAUUCCAUCUGGUCUCAUCGUAAUUAUAUCUUGGGUCUCAUUUUGGUUGAAUCGAAAUGCAACACCAGCUAGGGUUUCCCUUGGAGUCACCACUGUCCUUACUAUGACCACGCUUAUGUCGUCAACUAAUGCAGCUUUACCGAAAAUUUCUUACGUCAAGUCGAUUGAUGUUUACCUGGGCACCUGCUUCGUUAUGGUCUUCGCAAGUUUACUAGAAUAUGCGACAGUCGGCUACAUGGCGAAAAGGAUUCAGAUGAGAAAACAACGAUUCAAUGCUGUCCAGAAAAUGGCCGCUGAGAAAAAAACCGUUCAGGUCGAAGGUGCACCCGGGCCUUCUGUACCCGAGCCGUUGCCUCCACCACGCAAUAGCACGAUAACUCGACCAGCACCGCCAAGCCGAUCAUCGUCUUAUAAUCCUCACACACAGGAAGUGCGAUUCAAGGUACACGAUGCAAAAGUAUACACCAAAACUGGCCCAUUGGAAUCCAACGGCUCACGAGGUGGGCCUUCUUCUGCUGUCCCUGUUGCGGUUACCGUGCCUGUCUCUGUACCGGUGCCUGUGACUAUUCCCAUGCCACAGACAUCUGCUACCGUCACUGUACCUGUAGCACCGGCCGAAGAAGAAAUCCCCGCUCACCUGCUCCAAGCAUCUAAGGGUAUCAACAAACUCCUCGGCACUACACCAUCGGACAUCGAUAAGUACUCACGGAUCGUUUUUCCCGUUUGCUUCGUCUGCUUUAAUCUGAUGUAUUGGAUCAUUUACCUGCACGUAUCAGAUGUGGUUGCAGACGACUUGGUUUUACUCGGCGGAGAGAAUUAGAUACUGACCACGAAAUUGAACUUGCACCGAAUAAUGACGUCGACGAUAAGGAUACCAAAUCAACGAACCAC